UACUGCGUGAGCGCGCGAGGUCAACUAGCUAUGUAACCUCGUGUUCAUACCGGCAAGCCUCUCCGGGGUUUUGGCUGCUGUUUUCGUUGAUCGUUUUGAGUCUCGUCUCGUUAUCGCCUCGUCGUGUUUUAGGAAGUGGUGAAGACCUGGUUCUGAACAUUUUAGCUGCAAAGCGAUAAUUCGACUAUUGUUUCAUGCAAAUUUUUAAAGGGAUCUCGGCCCGUUGCAUGGACAUGGUUGCUAGAUGGACGUCUACAUAACCUAUAAUUUGACGUUUUCGUAUACUUACAAAAAAGUACAUCCAUCAGAUUUUGUUUGGAAGAAUGAAUCCCGAUAAAGUAGAGAUAGAUAUAGUAGACCCUGAUACGGGUAUACAAUACUUUCUAAAAGUCAGCCCAAAUGUUGCCAAUCAAGUAAAAAAUGAUGAUAACAUGCGACACCAACUAUUGCAGCAUAUGAAAAAGAUGAGUGAUGGUGAGAUAGUAAAAAUGUCAACAGCAAUGAAAUCACCUUCUAACUUGCUUGGUCCUAGCAACAAAGAGCAUUUACAAGAAACGGGAUUGCCUUUAAAAACUAUGUCUGUGCCAAAUAACUUCCAAUCGAAUGCUGAUUCGCCCGAUUCAGAUACAGAUAAUGAGUUGGAACCAUAUAUUGAUAGUGCAAAAAAAUUAAAUGAACUCAGCAGCAUGGCUCGUUCAUCUUAUUCCCCAAUUCAUAAUGCUGAAAACUAUAGUUUUGGACGUGAGGAGAACAAUGAUGAACAAGGAACAAAAUGUGAUGAUUUACGUAAGAGGAAAUACAAUAAACAAACUAGUUCAACCAAUAAAGUCAGGAAGAACAAUUACAAUGAUGUUACUGAGUUUGAUGUGUAGAUUGUCGACAAAUCCAAGAAAGCAACUAAUAAUGAAACUGGUAAUGGCGGAGUGGCACGAUGGAAUACACCUAUGACACUGCUAUUGCUUCAUACGUAUCAGGAGAUAAAACAAUUGUUUAAUGAUCCAAGCUAUACGAAACAAAAAAUUUGGAAUAAAGUACAUAUUGUAUUUGUUCAAAAUAGAUACAAUGUAACUGAAAAUCAGUGUCGUCUAAGAAUGGAGUACUUGAAAAAGGUAUACAAGGAAACUAAGGACCAUAAUAACAAAAGUGGGAACAACAGACAAGAUUUUCAAUACAUGAAUGAAAUGGACAAUCUCUUCAAAGAUGAAGUGUACAUGUCUCCAGUAUCAACAGCAUCAUCUAUUUGAGGUUCUGAUAGUGAGUCAGAAGAUGAGUUUACUGGGUCAACAAGGUAGAAGAAGAAAGCUUUGAAACAAAGCGAUAUAUUACAAGAACUUUUGGAAGAAAGGAAAAAAGCCGAAAGCAAAAAGAAGUUCAAAUGGAAUUAAAAGCUAAAGUCUCUAAAAAAAUGUUAUCUUUAUUGGAAAAAUCCGUUGAAAAGUAGUAUGAUAUUUUUAAUCUUCUUUCAAAUUAUUAACUUUAAUAAUUUAUUUUAUUAUUUUAUUUAUUGUCUUAAAUUUAAAUGAAAAGGUUUGUUUAAUGAAACUUAAUUAUUUCAAUUUAUUGAGGUGCAAUUACGUAUUGCGAAAAGUACAAAAAAUUUAUAAGAAAGUUAUGUUUUAUUUCAAUGUGAAUAACAUUGAAAAUUUCGAAAAUAUUGUUAAGAAAUAACUUAUGAAAAAAUUAUAUUAUAAGAACAAUGUGAUCAACUAAUCAAAGAUUAGUCGUAAACAAAUAUAUUAUCCAAGUAAUUUAGUUUUAAGUAAAUAAUUAUUAUAAAAAAAAGAAUUUUUACGUUGUCAUUCAAUUACUUGAAAUAUAAAAAAAGUUAGCUACAUUGUAAUUGUGAACUGUGAUUCACGUGUAAUAUUUAUUUAACAAUAAAGGUAUAGCAUAAUUGUU